GGGAAACCGGGAUCGCCGAGACGACCGCCGGGACGACCGCCGAGACGACCGCCGAGACGACCGCCGGGGCAGAGACGGCGACCGCGACCGGGAGCGCGACACGCGCCACGGGCCGAUGCCGCCGCCAGGGAUGUAUGGUAUGCCGCCCAUGCCUGGGCACAUGCCGCCGCCGAUGGGCGCCCCGUACGGCUACGGCCCGCCCGGCCCGUACGGCUACGGCCCCCCGCCGAUGGGCUACGGACCCCCCGGCGCCUGCCCGCCCAUGGGCUGCCCGCCCAUGGGCUACGGCGCCCCGCCCGGCGUGGGCGCGCCGCCGCCGAUGGGGUACGGCCCGCCUCCCGGCUACCCCGGCGGGCCGCCGCCGGGCUACG